AUGUUCACAGAAAAAGCAUCCCAUGUUCCAGAAGCAACCCCCACAUACUCCGAAGCAAACGAAGUUGCUGGAGAAGCGGCUACGUGGGGCAAGGGCACGUACAAAGCUCUCAAUGGCCGCAUCUUUUCCUUCGAGUCCGAGUGCACAUUCACUUUUUGCCGAGACUGUGCUGAGUCCGGAGAAGACUUCAAUGUUGAGAUCAAAAGGCAUGAGAAUGGUGACAUCGAAGAAAUCAAGGCCCUGAUCGAUGAUGUUGGGAUCUUGGUUGUGCGUGAUACUAUUUCUGUCAAUGAAGAAAGGGUGCAGAUGCCAUUCAGCAAUAAAAUGAUCCACAUUAAGAAGCAAGGCGACCACUACGUUCUCAAAACCCGCAGAAAAAUCUUGUCUUUGAGCUGGGGCAAGAACAAACUCUCACUCACUCUUUAUAGCCAGUACAUAACCUGUGGUCUUUGUGGCAACUUCAACAGUGUCCCAGGGGAAGAAGAUAUUGAUGAGCACAUUGCCAAUAGCAAAAUUUCCAAUGACUGCCCGAGCGCUUUGAGCAGGAACAAUGAAGUCUGCGAGGACGGACUCCAGUAUUGUGACAGGAUUAUUGGAACGUACUUUGAGAAAUGUUCGAAAGUUUCCCCUUUAUCCAGCGAGUACAAAAACGUGUGCGUCGAUGAGUACUGUCGAACUGGAGGGAACAAGCAGACCACAUGUAACACCUACUCAGAACUGGCCCGCCUGUGUGCUUACGACGGUCCUGGCGUCUUUGAACACUGGCGAGAUGAUUCUGCGGUGGUUUGCGCAAAGCAGCAGUGUCCAGGAAAGCACAUCUACAAAGAGUGUGGACCUUCAAAUCCUCCAACCUGCUCUAAUGUGGCUCCAUUUCAAGACAGUGAAUGCGUGAGUGGCUGCACCUGUCCAGAAGGUUACCUGUUGGAUGAUAUUAGAGAGAAAGGAAAGUGUGUAUUAAAAGAAAAAUGUCCCUGUGAAUCUAAUGGGAAAGUGUAUAAGCCAGGAGAAGUCCGAGAAGGCCCCUGCGGCUCUCAGUGCACAUGCCAAGAAGCAAAGUGGUCUUGCACCGAAGCUCGCUGUCCUGGGAUAUGUAAGGUGGAAGGGAGCUCCUUUACUACUUUUGAUGACAAUAAAUUUAGCCACCCUGGAGACUGUCACUUCUUGGCUGUCCACAAUGAUGAAAUCUCUAUCAGCGUUGAGAUCCAUCCAUGUGGGGAUGGUCAGACAGGAUCCUGCUUAACCAGUGUUAUGGUUCUCCUGAAUUCUUCUACUUCAGGUAACAGAUUUGUGUUCAACCGUGAUGGGACAGUCACAAAGGAUGGAGUUAUAAUUAAAGGCUAUUACUAUUCAGAUGGAGUACAGAUCUUCAAUUCAUCUUCUUUGUACAUGCAAGCGGAAAUACUCUCUCACAUAAAGUUGCAAAUACAAAUGGUUCCUAAGAUGCAGUUGUACGUGUCCUUGGCCCCUGACACAUCCACAGACACCGUAGGUCUCUGUGGUUCCUUCAACAAUAAGGCAGAAGAUGACUUUAUGUCAAGUCAGAAAAUUCUGGAGAGCACAGCUCAGGCAUUUGCUAACUCCUGGGAGAUGAUGCCUUGCCCUAAGGGAAGCCCCUCCUCCUGUGUCAGCAUUGAAACAGAGAAGUUUGCCGAAAGUAACUGUGGGAUUCUUCUCAGCUCAAGUGGGCCUUUUGCGGCCUGUCAUCAAACUGUGGACCCCAAAUUCUAUCAUGAGGAAUGUAAAAGAUAUACGUGCUCUUGUGAAAACAGUCAGGAUUGCCUGUGCACCAUCCUAGGGAACUAUGUAAAAGCAUGUGCUGAGAAAGAAACCUACCUUGUGGGCUGGAGAGAUGGACUGUGCGAGGUCUCUUGUCCAAGUGGUCUUGUCUUCAACUACAAAGUGAAAACCUGUAACAGUUCUUGCCGAUCGCUGUCGGCACGAGACCGAAGCUGUGAUAUAGAGGACAUUCCGGUUGACGGAUGUACUUGCCCUGAUGGAAUGUACCAGAAUAAUGAAGGGAACUGCGUCCAGAAAUCCGAGUGUGACUGCUAUGUUGAUGAUGAGAUCGUGCAACCGGGCAAAUCCAUCCUUAUUGAUGACAAUAAAUGUGUCUGUCAAGAUGGAGUGCUUCACUGCCAAACUCCCCUUGAUUUAACCUUACAAAACUGUUCCAGAGGGGCUGAAUACAUAGACUGCAAAGAUCCCAAGGCACAGAGAAGGACUGAAAGGACAUGUGCUACCCGGAACAUACCUGAUUUUGAGGGUGACUUGCCUUGCAAACGUGGGUGCUACUGUCCUGUAGGAAUGGUCCGUAACUCUAAAGGGAUAUGUAUACAUCCUGAUGACUGCCCCUGCUCUUUCGGUGACAGAGAAUACGAACAAGGAAGUGUUACUUCUGUUGGCUGCAAUGAGUGUACUUGCAUAAAAGGGUCUUGGAACUGUACCCAAAAUGAGUGUCAGUCCACUUGCCACGUCUAUGGAGAAGGACAUUAUAGAACUUUUGAUGGAGAAAGCUACAGCUUCGAUGGGCUCUGCCAGUAUACGUUCCUUGAGGAUUAUUGUGGCCAAGAAAACGGCACAUUCCGUAUUUUAACCGAGAGUGUCCCCUGCUGUGAAGACGGGCUUACCUGCUCCAGAAAAAUCAUUGUGGCUUUCCAGGAUCAGAACAUCAUCUUACAAGACGGUAAAGUAACGGCGGUUCAAACUGCGGAAAGUGCGGAUUGCGAGCGCAGUGCGAGCUCGUACUCGAUCCACACUGUCGGCCUGUACCUGAUUGUGAAGCUUCUGAAUGGAAUCAUCCUGAUUUGGGACAAAUACACAAAAGUGUCCGUUAUUCUGGACCCAAGCUGGCAGAACAAAGUGUGCGGUCUUUGUGGAAAUAACAAUGGCGAUCUUAAGGAUGACUUCACAACCAGGCACUCUUCAGUAGCUGCUGGAGCACUGGAAUUUGCAAACAGCUGGAAAACAAGUCAGGAAUGUUCAGAUACAGUAACUCAAAGCUUCCCGUGUGACUCGAACCCGUACUGCAAAGCCUGGGCUGAGAAGAAAUGCGAGAUCAUCAGGGAUAACACCUUCAGAGACUGCCACAGCAAGGUGGACCCCACGACUUAUUACAAUGCAUGUAUUGAAGAAGCCUGCUCUUGUGACAUGGAGGGGAAGUACCUUGGCUUCUGUACUGCUGUGGCAAUGUAUGCCGAGGCGUGCAACGCAGCCGGAGUCUGUGUCUCGUGGAGAAAGCCAAACCUCUGCCCUGUGUACUGUGACUACUACAAUUCCCCUGGGGAGUGCAGCUGGCACUACGAACCUUGCGGUACCGUGACGGCCAAAACAUGCAAAGAUCAGGUCCUCGGCCAGAAGUUUUCUUCACUUUUGGAAGGCUGUUAUGCCAAGUGUCCAGAAAACGCACCCUAUCUGGACGAGAACACCUUGAAGUGUGUCCAGUUAUCCGAGUGUAGCUGCUUCUACAACGACGUCAUACCAGCAGGGGGCGCUGUUGUGGAUGACUGUGGAAGAACAUGCUCCUGUACGGCCGGCGAGUUGGAGUGCAGCGAAACUCCUACGAACUCAACAUCAACAGAUAAAGGUACUAUUCUGCUUCAAACGUGA